CACAUAAAUAUUUAUUCAGUUCCGACUCCCAAGCGACACACAACGGUUUCAGUUACAGCAAUUUGUGUAAAAUGGCAUUUAUCAUAUUUUUCGCAAUUUUUUCAAUAUUUACAUUUAUUAUUGCACUGUAUUUGAAAAGACUAAGCAAAGAUUAUUAUUUGUGGGCGCCCUGCAAGCGUUUGAAAACCGUGGAUGGGAGCAGGUUGUCGGAGAAGGUGUAUGUGGUGCCGGGUACAACGGUGUUUGGUAAUAAUUUCGAUAUACUGGGUUCAACGCCGGAGACUAUUUUUCUCUGGUGUCGCGAACUCUAUCGUCGUACAAAUGGCAAAUCGUAUAUUUUGAAUUUUUUCCGAGUUUCCGUUUACUCAAUAACGAGUCCAGAAGAUGUCCAAGAAGUUUUCCAAAGCCAAACACUUAUAACAAAGGGUGUUAUUUAUGAGUUAGCGCGUCCCUUUUUGGGCGAUGGUCUGCUUGUCAGUUCAGACCAACAUUGGCAUGAUAGACGCAAACUGCUCACACCAGCUUUCCACUUUAAUAUUUUACAAAGUUUUAUUGAAGUUUUUAAAAACGAGAGCCUAAAGCUCAUUAAAUCAAUAAAAGCCGAAGCGAAUGGCGUAGUCAAUUUGCACGACUUGAUACCGGAGUUUACACUGAACAAUGUUUGUGAAACCGCUUUGGGCGUAUCUUUGGACGACAUACCGGGCAGCAAGGAAUACCGUAGAAGCAUACAUAAUUUAGAAUUGGUUAUGGUGAAUCGGUUAUGUAAUCCUUUAAUGUAUUAUGAGACGAUGUUUUAUUUGUUCGGCGACCACAAGAAAUUCUAUAGAGAUGUGAAGGUGGCGCAUGAUUUUAGUAGCAUGAUAAUCGAGAAGAAACGCGAAGAGUUCAAGAGUAGACAACGCGCUGGGAAACUGGACGAGCAGGCAAACAAGCGUAAACGCUACGCCAUGUUGGAUACGCUCUUCUAUGCGGAGGCCAGGGGUGUCAUCGAUCAUCAGGGUAUUUGUGAUGAAGUGAACACGUUUAUGUUCGAGGGUUAUGACACGACAUCGGUGUGCGUUAUUUUCACGCUCCUCAAUUUGGCUUUACAUCAGGAUAUACAAGAGAAGUGCUAUCAGGAAGUGCAAAAUUUGGACUUAACCACACUCAGCAUUUUCGAAUUCAAUCAAUUGGAGUACUUGGAACGUGUUAUAAAGGAGGUGCUACGUCUCUAUCCGUCAGUGCCAUUCAUAGCGCGUCACUGCGCGCAAACAACAGAAAUAAAUGGUUUGAUAUUGCCACCAGACACUGAGAUUAAUAUUCAUAUAUUCGAUAUAAUGCGCGAUGAGCGACACUUUCCGGAUCCUCUCCGCUUCGAUCCGGAUAGAUUUUUACCCGAGAAUAGCGUAAAUCGUCAUCCAUUCGCAUUCGUACCCUUCAGUGCGGGCUCCAGAAAUUGUAUUGGUCAAAAAUUCGCUAUGUUAGAGAUUAAAGCUAUACUUGUGGGUAUUUUGCAAAAUUUCCAGCUCUUACCGGUGACCACGUUGGAGGAGAUCAAUUUCGAAAAUGGUUUAGUUUUGCGCACGAAGGAAAAUGUCAAAGUUCAGAUGAUUAAAAGAAAGAAAUAAAAGGGAAAAUCAAAUACAAAUAAAUAGUGUCUUGGAAUAACGGCACUAAAAUAAUUCAGGUUAUGUGCGCUAGAAUGAUCUUAUUU